AUGGAGUUUGUAGUAGGGGACCAGUCGGGUCUGUGCAAGGAGCUUUUUUGUAGUACCGGCGGAAACCGCCGGACACGCAUCAUCAAGAAGGCCAAGCAGGAUCGCUCCUUGGCCGUAACUGCUUUAUGCUGGACAGGGCCUUCAGGAGGCAGCGAGGUCUCCGAGGUCGCAUUAGGGCGAGCAUGCGGAACUGUGGAGGCAUUUGCCACGUCUAGUGUUGUGUGUGAGUCUCCGCUGGCGGUUUCUGCUUCUCCGGGUGAGAGCCCUUUGGAUGUGCCUUUGCGCUGCUUCCAGCUGCCUUCAACUCCAGUGUCUCUGUCAGUCAUUGGAUCGGAAGCUGCACGGGCCUAUACACGCUCCCUCAUCUGCAAGUCGUGGCUAGGAAGCGGCAUCACACCGGGGGAAGCCGCCCUGCGCGAUGAGUUGCUCCCAUCAGACAUAGACUCUGGAGAGGCAGACUCCUCUGGCAGCAGCAGCCGGAGCUUGCUGCUUGCAGUUGGCCAGAAGGGCCAUACCUGCGUUGUGGAUUGGGAAGGGUCAUUCAGUGCGCGCAUAAUUGAGCAGACUAGUGUUACAGCAGGCCUACUCCCAGACUCACGGUUUGGGGAGGGGCUGACGCACGUAGCUGUACAUUUCCGCCCAGUCGAGAAGGAGCAUAGUUCAGAUGAUUCAGUGCUCCAGCGGACGCCCUUCGAAAGCUCAUUCUGCUGCAGGGCGGCAUACCUUCUGCCUGGACCGGUUGCUGCAGCCAGCAGCCAUCCUUUGUGCCACAGUUUGUUGGCUUUUGGAGGCAAGGAGAACGACGCAAAGGUUUUGGAUCUGGACUACGGCAAGAUUCUUUGGACGGCAAAGAACGUCAAGCACUCUUUCCUUGGACUGCGGAGUGAUGUGGCAGUGACUCAGAUAGACUGGUUGCUGCCAGUACACCCCAUGGUGCUGGCUGUAGGCACUGCGAAGGGUGCAAUGCGGUUCUAUGAUUUGCGCUGUCAGCGCCGACCUGUGCUAGAAGUGUGUGGGGCUACUCAAGAAAAUCGACCUGUCACAGCUCUUUGCAUCCGCCCCACUGCCGAAAUUUUGCGGCAAAAGACGGACAUACGGCUGGCUCUGAGAAGUGCAUCAGAGACUCUUGCUUCUUCUUCCGGCUUCGGACAAUCAAAAGGAGCCCUUCACGCUCAAGACUGUGCUGCAGGGAGAAAUGUGCUUGCUGAUAGUCCCAUUCGCCACGUCUUCGGAGACAAUGCAAACACGAAGGCGGCGCAGGACUUGCUGGCCUGCUGUAGCGGAAAAGAUACUGCCACCGUGUAUUAUGCAGAUUCAUACGGAAUGGUAUAUGGCUUGCGGGUCAUGGGCGGCACAGCUUUAUUGCGUCUGGCUGACAAAACGUGCCCCAAGUACAACCCUUCUUCGUACCGAUCCUCAGGAAACGUGCAGCUGGCCGAUCAGCCUGAUGAGAUUAAGCGGAAGCUCAUUGUGUCUAUGUUAGAGAAGCAAAGAGAGAGACUCACUUCUAAAAAGAACGAUCAUCCUAUCUCAAUUGCUUCUUGCAUUGACCUCCAGCUCGCUGCAGUUCCCAUCGGGGGCUUCAAGGGGGUUAUGGGGGCAGUUGUCGGCUUGGCGCUAGAUCCUGCGGGAGAGCGCCUUCUUGCUGUGGGGAUGGGGCGCCAUGCUUACAUAUUCGACGCUAAGUCACGAAAAUUAUGCUUCCAAGUGUUUUUGAAACAAAAACUGACCUGUGUCUUAUCUGGAGGUGGAGAUGCAGCGGGAGGUGUGAAACAUUGCACACCCUCUAGGGCAGAAGUAUCCAGUAAGGCGGGUGGCAAAACUGAUUCCAGCAGCGCGGAAAGCGAGUCGGACAGUGACUCUGGCGAUUCAGCUAUCCCUGGGUCCGACGCGGAGAAAAGAAGAAGGAGGAUACUCAAGGAACUUCAUGCCGUGCCCCAUGAUAAAGUACAAGAACAAGGCUAUAACGAGCACACAGAUAUGGGCCCUUCAAGUCGGAAGCGAAAGCAUAGGCCAGUUGAGGAACCGGGCAAUCGGAGGCCUAAACCCCACACUAAGUAG